GUUUGUUUUAGUUGGUUAGUGUUUGUAUACUUCGAUAAGGUUUGUUAAUUGCUAGUCUUUAGGUCCAUUGCAAUUCAAAAACCAGAAAGGUCCGCAGACACAAGAAUCUAAUUCUCUCAGGUUCUAGUUUAACUUCCAUGGCUGCUAUGAGUACUACUUUUUGCGCAGAUUGGGGGUCUCUUCAGCUUCUCAGUAACAACCAUAACCCUAACCCAGACUAUGAUCACAUGUUUAGCUUCCAGACCCAACAGGAUGAGCUGGCAGCAGCAAGAAUCUUGGGUCUGGACUACAGCUUAGCUCUUGAUGAUCCAAACCCACUACUUCUCUCCCAAACAUUUUUCAGUGACCAAGAAUUCCUCCUUCCUCUUGACGAUCAUGAAUACUAUUAUCAUGAUGAGUACCCAAAACGUCAAAAGACCCAUCAACAAUUCCAUUCCAGCUUCAAUGGGUUUGUACCAAGUCCAAGUAUGAUACCAGAGUUCGUGCAGCCUCAGCUACCUUUGCCCCCUCCUGAAAUUCAGAUUCAACAGCAGUCAGCAGCCCAAUUGUAUGCUAAUUGUAGACUAAGCAAUAAGGAUAUUAGCACUUCGGCGAAAGUGAAGGCCAACAGUAAUGGAGGAGUGAGCUUGUCUCCACAGAGCAUUGCGGCCCGCGAGAGGAGGAGGAGGAUAACAGAGAAGACUAAUGAGCUUGGGAGGCUGGUUCCCAGUGGGAGCAAGAUGAAUACUGCUGAAAUGUUGCAAGCUGCUUAUAAGUACAUUAAGUUCUUGCAGGCACAAGUAGCAAUGCUCAAACUCAUGGAUUCAAUGCAGGAAAAGAAAGGCCAACGGUUGCAUAAUCAGGAAGGUCUUCAUGUUCUUGCAUCCCCAAUUGUUCAGGAGAAGUUGUACUCAGAACAAAAGUGCUUGGUUUCAAGAGAAUUUGUUGAAACCCUAGCAAACAAUCAAGACAUCCAAUCAAAGCCAUUGCUCAAGGACAACAUUGCUAAGUUGCUGUGAAAUAUUGGCUGAUAACAAGAGUCGCUGAUUCUUCUAGCUAGUCAAAGAAGGGUGAUUAAUUUGUUUCUUAACUUAAUUUGUUGUUGCUAAUUAAGUUUUGAUGUAGUAGGUUUUAGUUAUAGGAU